CUAUUUUCGUCGAAAAGAUUCAUCCAAGGAAUUGAUGGAUUCCCUGAGUACGCCGAAGCUGUUGGCCUCCGUGCUCCUCCUCGCCUCGCUCUGUGUCCGAGCAGAGGUCGACGACGUUCCACUCUCCCCGUACUACUACGACGGCACAUGCCCCCUCGCGGAGCUCAUCGUGAAGCAGACAGUCGAGGCGGUGGUCUACAGAGAUCCGCGAAUGGCCGCUUCGCUUCUCCGCCUCCAUUUCCACGACUGCUUCGUCCUGGGAUGCGAUGCGUCGGUUCUACUGGACGAUACCGACGGCAUAGUCAGCGAGAAAAACGCCGGGCCGAACAAAAACUCUCUGCGCGGAUUCGAGGUGAUAGACUUGAUCAAGGGCCUGCUGGAGGCGGCCUGCCCAUCGACAGUGUCCUGCGCCGAUAUCCUCGCCAUGGCUGCGAGGGACGCGGUCCACCUGAGGGGUGGACCGACAUGGAAGGUGUAUUUGGGGAGAAAGGAUUCUCUGAAAGCGAGCUUGAGCGAGGCCAACAAGAUGAUUCCUGCUCCAAAUUUCACGCUCGAUAUGCUUAUCUCCAACUUCCAGAGCCAUGGCCUCGACGUCGUGGACUUGGUCAGCCUUUCAGGGAGUCAUACGAUAGGGAGGUCGCGGUGCGUGAGCUUCAAAGGGAGGAUCUACGGGCAGGAUCCAGUGGAGCCAUUCGAGGCGUACGACCACCACCGCAGGUACGCCGACUUCUUCCGGAGUUUGAGGUCGGUGUGCCCGCCGACGGGGAGGGACGGCGUGCUCGUGCCGCUCGAUUCCAAGACGUCGCGGCGGUUCGACAACCAGUACUACCGCAACCUCAUCCGGGGACACGCCUUGCUGCAGAGUGACGACGAGCUGGCGUCGGCGGCGUACGCCGAGGAGGAGGCGAUCGCGAGACUGGUGUGGGCUUACGCCCAAGACCAGAGGCUCUUCUUCCGGCACUACGUCAGCUCGAUCAUAAAGAUGGGGACCAUCAACGUGCUCACCGGCGGCGAAGGGGAAGUCCGGAAAAACUGCAGAUAUGUGAAUGCUUACUACCAUUGAGGAGGAGGAGGAGCUGUGGCGGCUGCAAUCAUUCAACAGAAGCGAAUCAGCGACAGGCCUUUCUUUUUUUUUGGAGGGAAAUGGAAUGCAUUAGUGAAAGUGGGCUUCCACUCUUGCUUAGAUACAGGGUUAGUGAUUUUGGGCUAUAUAUUAUCUUAGUGGCCUAUAAACCUCUUCAAAUUUUAAUAGAUUUUUGCCUAAGGUGAAGUCGUCACACUUCCAUGACAUAAUAUAUAGUAAAUUGGAUAUGGAGAAUUUUCUAUCAAUUAUAUAUUCAGAUUUAAUUUAAUUUAA